AUGACACGUAACCGGGCGCUGCACGAGCCCAGCCGAGCGCCUGCUUCGGUCGAUGAAUCUGAGCUCCUCACCGUCCCAGAUGGAUGGAAAGAGCCGGCCUUCACCAGAGAGGACAAUCCUAGAGGGCUGCUGGAAGAAAGCAGUUUUGCAACGUUAUUCCCAAAGUACAGAGAAGCGUACUUGAAAGAGUGCUGGCCACUGGUCCAGAAAGCCUUGAGCGAACACUUUGUGAAUGCAACGCUGGAUCUGAUUGAAGGUAGCAUGACUGUCACUACCACUAAGAAGACUUUUGAUCCCUAUGCAAUCAUCAGGGCUAGAGAUUUAAUAAAACUUCUAGCAAGAAGUGUUCCAUUUGAACAGGCAGUCCGCAUCCUACAGGAUGAUGUUGCAUGUGAUAUCAUUAAAAUAGGAUCUUUAGUAAGAAAAAGAGAAAGCUUUAUAAAAAGAAGAGGACGACUUCUUGGGCCAAAAGGAUCUACUUUGAAGGCCCUGGAACUGUUAACAAACUGUUAUAUUAUGGUGCAAGGAAACACUGUCUCAGCCCUUGGACCUUUCAGUGGGCUAAAGGAGGUUAGAAAAGUUGUUCUGGACACAAUGAAGAAUAUACAUCCCAUAUAUAACAUCAAGACUUUGAUGAUCAAAAGGGAAUUAUCAAAAGAUCCUGAACUGAGAUCACAAAAUUGGGAAAGGUUUUUGCCGAAGUUCAAACGGAAGAACUUGAAGAAACGGAAGGAGCCAAAGAAGAAGAACGUUAAGAAGGAGUAUACACCAUUCCCACCUCCACAGCCAGAAAGUCAGAUUGAUAAGGAAUUGGCAAGUGGCGAAUACUUCUUGAAAGAAAGUCAGAAGAAACGAAAGCGAUUAGAAGAGAUAAAGGCAAAACAAGCAGAUGCAAUUAAGAAAAGACAAGAAGAAAGAAAUAAAGCUUUUAUUCCACCAAAGGAAAAACCAGUUGUGAAAGCCAAGAAAGCCUCCACUGAGAAGAAAAUUGAUAUUGAAGCUAUAAAGGAAAAAGUAAAGAAUGCAAAGAAGAAGAAAUUAGGAGCGCUUCCAGUGGAAGAAGUCAAACUGAAGAUUGCAGCAGAUGAAAAGAAAAAAAAGAAAAAGAAAUAA